UCUCUUUCUCUCUCUCCACCAUCCACUUCCUUCAGCCAUCUUGUACUUUCUGUAUGUAUCUGUAUAUAAAAGCAAACCUACAUAGCCUUCUACUGUUCCCACUCUCUCCUCAAACACAAACCUUUUUCCAUCCACCAUGGCAGACCCUUACUCCAAUUUCUUCUCACCACCUUUCUUCCACUACCCUUCUCCAAACCCUUCCACCCACCACCAUCAUCCAUAUCCUCACAACUUCAUCAACCAAACCACCACCACCAACAUCACCCACAACACCUUUUUCCACUUCCAACAUCACCACCACUUUCAAACCACUACCACCACCUCUUUUUCUUCUUCUUCACCCCCUUCUCCUCCCUUGAGAGAGGCCCUUCCUCUUCUCACCCUCAGCCCAAAAAAUUAUGACCAACGGGAGGAGCACUACCAGGAUCAGGAUCAAGAUCAGCUUUGCACUGCCAUGGAUGUCGAAGACAACUUCAACAGGACCCUCCAUAACCCCAAAGAAGAGGACCAAGAAGAUGAUGUUCAUCACAGUGUCACUGUUGCACUGCACAUAGGGUUGCCAAGCCCUAGCGCUGCUGAGAUUGCUUCUGUGCUGUCUUCGGCUUGUGCCACAGACAAAGAGCAACGACAAGGAGGAGGAGGAGAUUGUGAUAAUAAUGGGAUUGAUGAUUCUUCUUCAGGGUUCUUGUCGAACAGGCUCAACAAGGGACAGUACUGGAUUCCUACCCCUUCUCAGAUUCUCAUUGGACCUACACAGUUCUCUUGUCCUGUUUGUUGCAAAACCUUCAACAGAUACAACAACAUGCAGAUGCAUAUGUGGGGGCAUGGAUCACAGUACAGAAAAGGGCCUGAAUCUCUGAGGGGUACCCAACCAACAGGUAUGCUUAGGCUUCCAUGCUAUUGUUGUUCCCCAGGAUGCAGGAACAACAUUGAUCACCCAAGAGCAAAGCCCCUUAAAGAUUUCAGAACUCUUCAAACACACUACAAGAGGAAGCAUGGGAUUAAGCCCUUCAUGUGUAGAAAAUGUGGUAAGGCUUUUGCAGUGAGAGGCGAUUGGAGAACCCAUGAAAAGAACUGUGGGAAGCUUUGGUACUGCAUCUGUGGCUCUGAUUUCAAGCACAAGAGGUCUCUUAAAGAUCACAUCAAAGCUUUUGGAAGUGGCCAUGCAGCUUAUGGGAUCGAUGGCUUUGAAGAAGAAGAAGAGCCUGCAUCUGAAGUAGAACAAGACAAUGACUAAUUUCAUGCAGUAAAGACACAAGGAAAAUGGAACUGGUUCUAUUAUAUAUAUAUAUAUGUCUCUUUGUGAAUUAUCUUAUUCUUAGUCUUAGUUAAUUUGUGAACUAUUAAUUUGGUAUGAGUACAUAUCCUUGACUUCCCAGUUGAGAACCAUAUAUAAGCACCAAGUUUAGAUGAAGGCAAACCUUUUGUUCUUCAUUCUUCUCCUUCAGUUUUCUUUCCUUUCUGAUGGAAUUGACUCUCUGGUUACAAAGCUUUAAAGCCAGGUGUAUACCCAACUUCAUUUACUUUGUUUUCAUCCGUAAGAUUUCUCUCCUUUUGCACAUUACGUUGAUCAAGGCAUUGUAGACAAUGAUUACCACAUUCUAUAUGCUUUUUGCAAAAGCAUAUAGAACUCAAGCUAAUUGCUCAAUAGCUAGUAACCUAUACGCUGUGCAGCCUCAGUUGUAUUUUGAAUUGCACCUAUGCUGAAAAUUUUCAAUGGUUUUAUGCACUUUUGGAUGUAUAUACAAAGUUCACUGUUGCUUUCUACGUUUGUAUGAUAACGUUAUAUGUACAUUGAGCUAUGAUAUGUGCUUAUAUGCUCGAGAAAGGAGCUAUAUAUGUUGCAUUCUUGCUUGUCAAAAUCAACAGGAAGAAGGGUGAAAAAUGAAGAAAAGCCUCUUUUCUCAAAUCCACAGGCUGUAGGCCUCAUCAAAGUUCAAACUUUGAUGAACAAUGAUGAAUGUGCAUGGACAAAUACCUGUGGGGGCCUUUCAUGGUUUUCUCUCCUUUGAUGACAACUGGCUUUCUCAUCAAGAUCCUCUUGGUACGUGUUCUCCAAUUAUUCCACGAUUUCACACAUAAAUGAUGAAGUUUAUCAUGUGAUAACAAGGGUGAGAGUUGAAGCUCUAUUGCCUGCUACAAAUUCAGCAGUAGCACGUUUUCUAAGCUGUUCGUUUAAUUUUUUCAUUAAACACACUAACAUGUGAAUGCGUUUUUUGAAAUUGAACAACGCAAGUUUAAUGAAAGCGUUUUAAUGACAUAAUAAAGUACGUACGUGUCAUUACAUGAUUGAAGAGUGUGAUGACAAAAAUAAAAAAGAUCAAGUUGCUACAUACAAGUUUGUGGUGCAUAUAUAUCGUUAUGAUUGUAGCUGUAGGUCAUUGGAUAGCCUUUUCAACCCGUGAAGCUAAAAACCUACGUCAGCUUUUUGUUGGGGGGUGCAUGAUGCCCUUUUGCUUUGCAUAGUGGGAGAGGAGACGAUGUGUUUGUUGAUAGAUAGAACAUAUACCAAUUCGAGAUUCACCCUUGCUCGGAAAACCCAAACCAAAUGAUUAGCUUUUUGAGGAAAAUUAAACAGAUAUAAAUUUUAUAAAAGGAUAAUAUCGAAAGAUUUAAGGGUAGGGUUGAAAAAAAC